AUGACCAAUUCUUGUUGUGGUUCUGUUUGCUCUGACCAGAGCUAUGGCCAGAGCUGCUGUUGUCCUUCUUGCUGUAUUUCAAGCUGCUUCCAUCCUUGCUGUUGGCAGACGACUUGCUGCUAUCCCAGCUGCUGUGUGUCUGGCUGUUGUCACCCUAGCUGCUGUGUAUCAAGCUGCUGCAGGCCCCAGUGCUGCCAGUCUGUGUGCUGCCAGCCCACCUGCUGCCGCCCCAGCUGCUGUCAGACCACCUGCUGCAGGACCACCUGCUGCCGCCCCAACUGCUGUGUGUCCAGCUGCUGCAGACCCCAGUGCUGCCAGUCUGUAUGCUGCCAGCCCACCUGCUGCCGCCCCAGCUGCUGCCAGACCACCUGCUGCAGGACCACCUGCUGCCACCCCAGCUGCUGUGUGUCCAGCUGCUGCAGGCCCCAGUGCUGCCAGUCUGUAUGCUGCCAGCCCACCUGCUGCCGCCCCAGCUGCUGCCAGACCACCUGCUGCCGCCCCAGCUGCUGUGUGUCCAGCUGCUGCAGACCCCAGUGCUGCCAGUCUGUAUGCUGCCAGCCCACCUGCUGCCAGCCCACCUGCUGCAGGACCACCUGCUACCGCCCCAGCUGCUGUGUGUCCACCUACUGCCGCCCACCCUGCUCUAGUGGCUCUUGCUGCUGA